CCGAUUCGAUCGUAACAAAUUAACGAUCGAUCGUAGCCAACGUCCGUGAAUCAUCGACGCCGAAGGAAAUUUCUGACACGGCAAAGCGUAAGAGCCCGAGGGUCAAGGCUCGACCGACAAAGCUGUUCGAGCCGAUUAGUAGAAGUAGAAUAGACGAGUCAACUAUUUACGAGAGCGUCGAUCGAGAGAAUCGCAAAACGACGCGUAGAGAGAACGCUUAAAAUUGCUAUCGUAUUUUGGUCCCGAUCGUGCGAACACGAUCGCCGGCUUCACGUUUUAUUAGUCGAAAAAUUCAAAGCACAGAGUGCAAAAACGAAAACCCCCAUGCACACAGACAUGCGACAGAUAUCGAAUAUCAAUUGCCCCGAUAAUACCGAUCGAUAAUUGCGUAACGAACGGCUGCGGAAAGAAACGAAGGUUAGUAGUAAAUGGUCCAGCGGCACAGCGGAUCGUCGAAUGAUCUGGACGCGACGACACCGUAUGCGCGACACGAUCAUCAUCAGAGCAUCAUCGUCAUCGUCGACGCAUCGCCAUUGCAACUCGACUUUUCGUUUACGGCGGAAAGAAAAACAUACACAAAUCUGCUUACGGCUCGAGCGGUUCGCUAUGGCUUCCCUAACUCAAUUACGCGUAAUAGUAUCAACAAACGGCCGAGAGAACUGAACAAAAAUGAAAUACGACGGACACGUUUAGUUCGCUGCGAGCCUUCGCUGGACAUCAUCAUCGCAAAACGCUGUCAUACCAUAUCUCGCAAAACGCUGUUGCCUUGCCAGCGGUUCGCACCGCCCAUUGUCACGCAGACUUUCAGGUUUUGUUUAAAUUAUUUGCUAGCCUGCGCCUAAAGGCGACUUUUAAUAAUAUCGCGAGCGUCCCCGACAAUGGAGAGCGAGGAUCCGCAAACGAACGGGGACACCGCCACGGAAAAGUCUCCGGAGAGCGAGGACUCGUUGGAGCUCUGUAGCAAGUGUUCGAACGCGAAGCAACGGACGCCGAGUCCCGUGACGCAACCGCCGGCGACGAGCCCUUCGAAGCUGACGCCGGCGAGCCCUUCGAAGCCGAAGGACGGCGCGACGGGGACGAAGGCGAAGCGGAAAGCGAGGUCGACGCGCCGGAAGUUGAACGCCAUGGUGAGCAACGCGUCGUUGCACUUCUCGGACACGGACUCCGAGGGCGAACUGACCACCAUAGCGCCGCCGGGACGAUUGUCGAGACACCUGUCCGAGGCCCGGCAGGGCCCUGUGAUCGAGAUCACGGCAGAGGACGUCGAGAACAAGCCGGGUCUCGAGCAGGACUCGCAGACCGGCCAGGACGCGGACGGCAAGGACACGCUGCAGUGCAACAGUUUCGUCGAGAGCGUGACGGACGUCGACGAGAUCUAUCCGAGCGAGUCCGAGACCGAGGCGGUCGAGAGUCUGGGCAAUCUCAAGGUCGCGGAGAACCCCUGCCCGGGGGAGACGGACCUGGAGGACAUCGAGGGCGACGAGGAGGUGCAGGCGAUCAUCUUCGUGAAGCCCAGGUCCGACAUCUUCUGCGAGUACAGCGGCGAGACCAUCACCACCAAGGAGGGGGACGGACCUUUCUCGGUGGAGAUUAGGAACAGGAUGUACCUCGAGGAGGAGCCCAGGGAACAGGUGCACAGCAAUACGCCCGAGAUCACGGUGAUGCCGAACACCGACGAGGAGGACAUGAUCGCGUCCGACGAGGAACUGAUGGAGGAGGCUUGCUGCAAUCAGAAGGAGUUCUUGGACGACCUCGACGUGCUGGCUGCCUCGCAGAUCGUCAUGAAGAACAUCAGCAAGGCGGACAAUCGGUUGGCCCUGAAGGAUGUCAGCGACGACGGGGCCAGCGAUUGCCACACCGAUGUCGAGGACGUUGAACAGGCCGAGUAGACCGUUUAGGGCACCGCGAGACGGUCGGAGGAUCGGUCGAGUCGCGUUUGGUUGCAUCGGAUUUGGGACUUGGUGGGGCAACGACCUUGUCUUCGAAGCGAGGG